AGCUUUGAGUCGCAAGCAGCAACAGGGUGUCGCGAACAGGGUGGAUGAAGGAACUACAGCUCCUAAAAUUUGUGGAUGCUGCAGAUGAUGGCGUGGUCCUGGUGAUUCUCAGGUGCUUGGGCACCACCGCUUUGGUUCGACUUGCCUCCACCUCUGCCUUCAUAUCUUCACGCCUAGAAGACGGAAGACCAACAGUUUUACAUCGCUACGUGUCAGAGUUAUUAGCCUUCGCAUGUGGAGCUCCAGCACUUGAGAAAGGCAGUUUGCCCUCGGCUGCACCGCUCCGCGCGCUUUGUGCUGCGGGCAAUGGCAACGGGCACUGUGAGGUCUUGGCACUUGCCUUGCACUUGGCCAACUCUCCGAGCGAAGGUGUGGCUCGCAUGUUCCUGGAUGCUAUGUUCCGCUGGGAACUGCGGCAACGUCGCCCUGGCCGACAAGAGUCGCAGGCAUGGCAAGCCGUGGAGAUCCUUCUAACAGCAUUGCUAGAUGUGACGACUGACGUGGGCUGCAAGCUGGUGCACAUCACUGCCGAGGCCGUCCGUCAAGCUGAACGUGAUUUAGAUGCCUUGAUCGAGGCACAAGCUGAGGCCCUGUUGUCCUAUGGGCAAGGCUAUGAGGCCACAGCUCGACAGAGAUCUGCUGCUGAGUUUAUCCGACACAGAGCGCUGGGAGGUGUGCAGACCUCUGGAGGCGGCGAUGCCAAGAAGUCUGACUUUGCGAUGAACGAUUUGGACGCAGCGAUCGAGUCUUUAGAUCAGACGAUCCGUGGCUAUGACCAGGAGGGCUACACUUUAGUUUGUCCUCGGCUGGUCGGCUUCCGAUGCAUGCGGAGGAUGGAUUUGCCUUACGAGCACUGGUGGGUCCGCCUGGAUGGACCUGUGAUCAGCCGUCCUGUCACGCGUGCGGCCUUGCGCACCUGAGUGGAGAGUGGAGAGUCUGGUCAUGCUUGGAGUCCGGUCAUGAUGGGUCGAGACGGGUCA